AUGAGCAAAAUUAAAGAAAUUUCCUACUUCUUUAACUUUUCACAAAAAAGGCAACAGCUCCUUGAAAAAAAUGUCAUUCAAUAUUGUCCUAAUUCUGAUAAGUCUAAACUUAAAGAUGUCUGCCGAACACGGUGGAUUGAGCGUAUUGAUGGCAUGGAAGUUUUUCAAGAACUUUAUGUUGCAAUUUAUGUGACCCUUGAUGAUAUGUUCAUUGUAUCUGUUGUUGUGACCAGAAAUGUUUUGGCACUAACACAUGGUGUUACAACUUUGCUUCAAGAUAAAAGUAUUGAUAUUACAGAUAAUGUUCAAUACAUUACUAAUUUGAAAAAUACAACUAUGAGUUGCAGGAACAAUGUAGAUUUUUUUCACAACUCAUGGUACAAGGAGGCAUUAGAUGUUGCGGAAAGUGUAGGAGUUGAGGAGAAAAUGAAACGGGUUAUCAGAAGGCAAACAUUAAGGGACAACCAACCUGCUAUCAGUCCAAAGGAUUAUUAUAAAAAAGCCUUAACCAUACCAAUCUUGGACCAUUUAAACAGUGAACUUAACUCGAGGUUUGAUUUUGAAAACUUUGUAGUGUAUAAUGGAUUGUGCAUUGUACCAGCCAAAGUAGUUUCAAUGGUUUACUCCAACAAAGACUGGAAGAGCAAAUUUAAAAGGUUUGUAGAUUUUUACAAAUCUGACAUGCCAAAUCCUCUUGCUCUAGAGUCUGAGUUAGAGCUGUGGGAAAAGUUUGCUUUGGAUUAUCAGGGUACAAGACCUGAAACCAUUGCUCAAACUUUAAAGUCAAUAAACCUGUCUCUAUUUACUAAUAUAAAUGUUGCUAUUCGCAUUCUUGCUACUAUCCCUAUUACUUCAUGUGAAUGUGAAAGAAGUUUUUCAUCAUUAAGACGAUUAAAAGAUUAUUGCCGUAGUACCAUGACAGAAGAUCGUCUUAAUGGCCUUUCCUUAAUGUACAUUCAUGAAGAAAUUAUUCCAAAGAUUCAAUUUGUCCAUGGUUUUCUACAUUACGUGAUGUGCAAGAAAGAAGAAAGAAGAAAGAAGAUUUUUAUGGGUUAUUAA